UUUUAAGAUUGUGAUGCCACCGAAACCAGUGAACCUUUGUAUUCUUCUCAUAAUUUCAGAUAUAGUUGUAAAUGCAACUUCUCUUAGGGGCUUCGAGAGGCCCCGUUUACUAGUCAUCAUCAUCAUUCAACCCACACAAAAUAGGAAAGACAUGAUCAUGAGUCUUGCGGGUUCUCUGAAGGAACCAACCACUCUGUGUAUCCUGAUCCCACACUGUAUCCUCCUCAUGCCGGCAUUACAUACAAAGAAAAAUCACUGAUGCCCCGAACCCCUAAUGCACCGAACCGAACCGAAGUAUAUAUAGACGCAAAAGGCACAGGUGAAAAUUGCAUCGAAAGAGAAAAAGCGAAUACCUAGCGUCUUUCGUAGGCUCCCCAACAGAGCGGCACCAGGAGAAAUAUAAAGAGACCAAGGCCAAGGUGACGGAAUGCCAAAUAUAGACGUGUCGUCAAUGCAAAUAUAUGUACAAGCAAUGGAUCAGUGUCUCGCACAUCCCGAAGCAAAGAAAGGACUUCCCCAGUUUAUGCCAUAUAGGCUAGGGAAGGUAAACACAAAUAAGAAGGUAAACCCCACAAUAAAAUGAUAUACAUGCGAAACCGGGCCUCAGGAGAAUGGAAUGACAAGCUGUUAUGAGAAAGAAAAAAAAAAAA